AUGGCCGAGGUGGGUGGCUUCCUGGGCGCGCUGGACCCCGACCUGCACGGCUUUCCCCCCGCGCUGGGCGCCGGGCUGCCCCUCGCCGACUCCCCCGGCUUCCUCAACGAGCGCCUGGGGCAGAUCGAGGGGCGGCUGCAGCGGGGCUCCCCCACCGACUUCGCUCACCUCAAGGGCAUCCUGCGGCGGCGGCAGCUCUACUGCCGCACCGGCUUCCACCUGGAGAUCUUCCCCAACGGCACGGUGCAGGGCACCCGGCAGGACCACAGCCGCUUCGGGAUUUUGGAGUUUAUUAGCCUGGCAGUGGGGCUGGUGAGCAUCCGUGGGGUGGACUCUGGACUCUACCUCGGCAUGAAUGAGAGAGGCGAGCUCUAUGGGUCGAAGAAGCUGAGCCGGGAGUGCGUUUUCCGCGAGCAGUUUGAGGAGAACUGGUACAACACGUACGCGUCCACGCUGUACAAGCACCCCGACUCGGAGCGCCAGUACUACGUGGCCCUCAACAAGGACGGCUCCCCCCGCGAGGGGUACAGGACUAAGAGACACCAGAAAUUCACCCACUUCUUACCCCGGCCUGUGGACCCUGCCAAAAUCCCUGCCAUGUACAGAGACCUCUUCCACUACAGGUGAUGGCUCCUGCAGUGGCAGUGUACAUACUUGGGCUCCCGAGCUUUUUCCCAGAGCGCUCUAUUAAUAGUCAUUCCAUCAUUCCUGUAAGAGUAGAUGACCUAGGGAAGCACUUACAUUGAAUUCAGACACUGCUGUUCCUCCUUGUUUCCAGUGUAUAUC